UUAUAAUAAUAUUACACGUCAACAAUGAUCAACGAUUUCAACAGUUGGUAUACAAAUUAGCCUCUUUUUACAAGAACAUAUGUGAGUGUAUUGGUGUUGUUUGGAAUCAUAGGAAAAUUCAAGCCAGCUUAUUUGUGGUAUCUAAUGUUCGAUGCUAAGAAAAUAUUCAGUCUUUAAAUCCAUAGAUUAUUUACUCAUUACUUUUUCAACGGUACAUUAAGUUUUAGUUUUAUCCUGCAUCUGUUGUUUAUAAUCUUUUGUAUAAAAAACUGUGAAGUAAUGUUCGAAGGAUCCAACUAUGCAGAUUUCUACUAUAUGAUUCUUUACUUUUUUAUAACAGGAGAUAUAAUGAGUUGGAUAUUCGAUUACGGAUUUUUAUCUGGAGCAUUUUGUUUUGCAUUGAUCUAUGUUUGGUGCAAGAGAAAACCAUUUGAAACUGUGAGAUUUUACUUUGGAUUUUAAUUCAAAAGUGAAUAUUUUCCAUGGGUCCUGAUUGCUUUUGAUGCUAUAACUGAUCAAGACGUAGUCUAGGAUCUUAUAGGUUUAGGAAUAGCACAUUCAUAUUUAUUAUUAAAAGACUUUCUACCAGUCACCAAAAACAUCUCCUUGUUGGAAACACCUCAAUUUUUUAAGAACUUUGUGAAUAAGCACAUUGUAAAAUAUGCUCCUUUUGCAAGAAACAGAUUUAAUUAAUAGUAAUUCCAGCAACCUUAAAGACAGUUCUUUUAAGGAUAAGGUAUACGUUUAGGUUGAUGUAUAAAAUAUUUGAGUAUAUAUAUAUAUAUAAAUCAUUAACCAAGGAAUUUUUUCAA